UGAAGAUGCAACUUUUCUUUUCCUUUCAUUUUGCUUUUUCCGUUUUUUGGUUUUUCUGGUAAAUGGCUCAACAGUCAAGCCUUUCUUGACUCCCAAGGAGCACAACUCCAAAGCGAUCAAAAUUUUAAGUUCUCUCUCUCUUGUUUACUGACAUGCACAUGAAUCCCCACCAGUGACGGAGCCAUGGCUGCUUCUCUACAAGCUUGGUUUCUCUCUCUUCUCUUUUGUUGUAUUCUUUCUCGAGGUUACGAUUUUGAUCCUUAUAAAGAAUGCGCUCCUGUCAAUUGCUCGGGCAUCAAUAUACAAUUCCCAUUCUCUGCUGCUUCCAGUCCAGAGCUAUGUGGGCUCUUCAAAAUUGAUUGUGGAGGGUUAAGCUCCCCAACCACUAUCAAAUUCCUGGACAAAUCGUAUGAUGUUAAGAACAUAUCAUACCCUGAGCGCACUCUCAACUUCACUGCUCCCUUAUCUGAUUUCUUUGACAAUGGGAAUUGUUCUUUUCUCCUUCACAAAAUUUCCCUUCCGGACCGCAUCGAGGGCUUCUAUCUUCCUUCCUCCCAUGUUAAUAUCAGCAUCUUCUAUUGUGGUGAUCUCUCUCUCCUCAAUAACGAAGAAAACAUUUGGGCGCUUAAAGGGUGCGGGAGCGAGAGGAACCAGGAGAUUUAUUACACUGAUAAACAAGAAAUAGUAAAUAAUUUAAUUCUUCCAUCUACUUGUUCUUGGAUUCAGUAUCCUGUGCUAGAAUCCAGUCUUAAGGCUAUGAAAUAUGGCAAUGGAUCCUGGCCCCUUCAGAAGCUUUUGACGGAGGGUAUUGCCCUUCAAUGGGAGCAAUUUCCUUCAGGGUGCUCAAAUUGCACUAGUUCUGGUGGCCGCUGUGCGUUGAAUGCCGCAGAUAGAAGGACAAUUGCUUGUUACUGCAAGGAUGGAUUAGCUAGCAGGGAAGCCUGUGACAACGGUACCGGGGUUUUUGUGCAGGUCACCAGGUCCAAAUAAGUUCAGGGUUCAGGUCCGGAUCCAGGUAUUAUAGACUCGAACGGGUCCAGCUCCAGGUCUGGGUACUAUGUAUGAAUUUCGCGUCGGGGUCCAGCCGUACUGGGACCUACCUGACCCGUUCCCAGCCCUAUAAUAUUGGUGGGUAAUAUUGCCUGUAUUUUUUUAAAAAAAAUAUUCACACUUUAUAAGAAAAUUAAAACCGUGGAGAAGAAACCCAACCUGGUCAAAGUAUUCCGGUUCCGAUUCAAGACCUGCUCCAUCACGCGUCAAUUUGAAACGAUUGCGCGUAUUAAAGUAAAAAGCCAUUAAUUAAAUAAUGGGGAAGAGAUCUUCAAGUUCCACCCAUCGAGCUUUCUUUCUGCUUCUUCCUCCUCUUGGCACCAUGUUUGGCUUUCUCUCUCAAAACACCCACUUGAUGCUUGGGUUUCUCUCUCUAAACGCCCACUUGCUUCAUUCAGAACCACCUGUUGCUCUACUUGUUUUCCUUCCUCUCUUUUGGGUUCCUGUUUUCAUGGCGGAUUCCUAGUAUGAGGCCUGUAGCGCUCACGAUUGUGGUCGCAUUCGUAUCAGCUAUCCUUUCGCGGUCGAUUACCGGAUUCCGGAAUUCUGCACUUACAGUGGCUUCAAUCUCACCUGCAUCAACAACACCCCCUUCCUAAACUUGAACAAUCAAUUAUACCAAGUAAGAGAUAUCGAUUGCCAGACUAGGACCAUUUCCGUAGUAGCUUAAAGCAUAAUUGACGGUAUGGAAUGCCCCAUUCCUAGAAUAUAAUGUCACCCUCGACAAUUAUCCAUUCAGUUACUAUUCACCCAGGACGAAUGUCCUCCACCUACCUGAUUCCAGUAAGCCCAUCCCUAACCCAUUCUCUUCAUAGCUUGAGCUGAGAAAUAGGAAGCAUUAGAUAAAGCUCUUCCCCCCAAAAUGUUUUUACAACAACUAAAAGUAAAAACUUCCAGUAAUUUAGAAUCUCAUCUCUGUUUUGGAAAAUUAAGUAAUAAGAGGAUUCAGUAACAUUCCCAACAUACCCAAACUUGUCUGAACUUGCCCUGUUUUUUGUGUUUGUUACCUCGGAGUGAUUGUAGACAAAAGGACCCAUUAUGGGCUUUACUUGAGUUUUCAAUUUCGAUUACUUUAAAAUUGUUAAAAGAAAAUGGUCAAUUUGGUUAUUAUGAUAUUAAAAAUAUACAUGAAUUGGGUAUGGGUCCUUCGCUUUGAUGAGAGAUGAGGGAGGGGGUUAACAAAGACCCGGAUGAUAAAUUUUGGAGAGGGGAAAUUAGGCCACUUAAAAACAAUCAUUUUAAGAAAAAAGUUUUUAUCAAGCUUAUAAUUUUACUUGUAAAAGUAAAGUUGCCGUAACCUAAAUCGUCGAUUUUAUUUAAAAGCAAAGUUGAGGCAUCUUUCCAAAGCCACCCACGAGGAGGUAUUGAGUGCUAGAGUGCUUACAUAUAUUUACGAAUUUUAGUUAUGGUAUUGAUAGGUAGAGUCUCAAAUAAUGAGUUUUAUGACAAACUGCGGCAAUAAC